AUGUCAAUGUCAGAAGCCGGAGAGCUCAGCAGAGAGGAGCUAAUAGAACGAGUGGUCGAGCUCGAGACUGUAUUGUCUGAAUUCCAGGAAUCCAGUAAGGAAUUAGAACAAUUAUUGGAAGAAGAACUUCAGGAUCUCGAGAGAGCCAAUACUACACUACAGUCAACUUUGGAUAAAACAAAUGAGCAAUUGCUAAAGUCAAAUUCAAGGAUUGUUGAAUUGACAAGAGAACUCAACGAGUCACAAGAAAAAGCAGCAGAAAAGGCCCGAGAACAAGAGCACAGACUAUCCGAAAUACAGCAACAGUUGGUAACAGUAGAAAUAUCCAACGAUAGUAUGGAGUCCAACGAUAGGAUACUUACAAACAAGCUUGAUCUCGCCAAUCAACUCAAUAAUGUAUUGUUGGAGAAGUUGGCUCUUAUAGAAAAUGAUUUGGAAAGAGAGAAGAAAGCAGGGAUCGAAAAACGGUUGUACAUUAGCAAUUAUCAGAAUCAGGUCAAGGAUCUACAGAAAACAAUAGAAAUACUUGAAAAGAAAACAACGGCUGAUGUCCCCGAAGCGGACACACUGUUAAUAAGCAUAGGAGCUGUGUUGAAAGAGGGACCUCCUGAUGAAAAUAGUCUGGCACCAAUCAGUACUAUAAAAAAAUCCAACAGUUUACAAGGAAUCAAGAGCCUUAAUGAAGGAGUACAGGCAUAUAUACUUUCUACAUCAACAAAGUCGCUCAAAUCAUCAUCUUCUGUACAGUUAACGGUUCCACUGAUGGUGGACUAUCUGUUCAGAAGAUCUGUUUCUGCGGGAAAUGAAAGAAGUUCUUCUAUUCCGUCUACUCAAUCGUUCAACAGACUCAGUCUUUUCAUGGAUCCACGAGAUACACGCCCACAACCUUUAGGGUUAUCUGAGAAAGAAAAUAGGAGUCGCGUUUUACAAGGCGAUGCUAAGACCAGAACGAGAAAUUAUAGUCAUCCAUUGAGAGUCAUACCCGGUUCUCCCAACACAGCGAAGAUUUCGAAUCUAGAGUCGAAACCCCAGUCAAAGAAGAAACUUGUGUAUAACUAA